AUGAGUGGAUCACUGGUCGGCUGGGUUUCGUCGACCGGAUCGGUGCUCGCCAUCCUCACUUGUCUGCUGUACGCACCGUAUCUCUGGGGAAAGAUUGAGGAUAUUCAAAAUGAGAUCCGACUGCGCAACGAUCAGUUCAAAGUGAAGGAAAUGGAAGUGAUGGCCGCUCUGCAGGUGACCAAACAAGGAGUGGUUCGCGUUCGUGUCAACCGUGGAGCCAAAGAGACCGGGAGUGGCAGCAACAGUAACAGUAGAAGUCGAGAGAGCAACAGUAAAAGUCGAGAGAGCAACAGUCGGGAGGCUCCGGAUAGAGACUUCUCGCCGCCAGCUCCGUCCUCUCGGAGGCCCCCAGAGAGUCCGCGAGGCUACGGAGGAGGGCAAUGCACGUGCGAUCAGUGGAACAAUUGUCCGGCUGGCCCACCUGGGCCCCCGGGCACUCCUGGCGACAACGGGUAUCCUGGAUCGCCGGGAGGACGGGGAACCCCCGGAGAGCCCGGCCGCGCACCGCACCAAUAUGGCGAGGAAUCAUCGUGCAAGCGCUGCCCUGGAGGACUGCCCGGCCCGCCGGGAUCCCCUGGUAGUCCCGGAUCUCCAGGCGAUCAAGGAGCUCCAGGAAGAGAUGGAGACAGCUACCCGGCGCCUGAGGGAUCACCCGGACAGCCUGGACAAGACGGACAGCCGGGACAGCCGGGAUCGGACGGCUCUCCAGGGGCUCCUGGAGAGAAUGGCGUUCGGGCUGGAGGACCUGGACCACAGGGGCCAUCCGGUCGCCCCGGUACCCCCGGACAACGGGGAUUACCAGGAGACAACGGGGCCCCGGGAGCUCCAGGACAGCCGGGCAAAAAUGGAGGAAAUGGCCAUUCUGGUGGACCAGGUGGUCCCGGUGGUCGGGGCCAGCCAGGCAGACCCGGGAAUCCGGGCAGCUACGGACGAGAUGCGAACUAUUGCCCUUGCCCUCGUCGCUUUGCUGCUGCCAGGCAU